AUGGAGACGCCAGACAUGAUCGCCGGCCUCACCUGGAACCUGGCCGUCUGCACCUCUCUCGCAUGCUGGCUCGUCUACGCCGUCUGCUUGGGCGUCUACCGGCUGCGGUACAGUCCCAUUGCGCACCUGCCCGGCCCCAAGCUCGCCGCGCUGACGCAGUACUAUGAAUUCUACUACGACAUUAUACUCGGUGGCCAGUACACCUUUCGCAUCGUCGAGAUGCACAAGGAGUACGGUCCGGUCGUGAGGAUCAAUCCCUGGGAGGUCCAUGUCAGUGAUCACGACUUUCACCCGGAGCUCUACGCCGGGCCGCACCGCCGUCGCCACAAGUGGUUGUUCUGGGCAAAACAGUUUGGAGCUCCUCACAGUGGCUUGGCGACUCUAGACCACGACCAUCAUCGACUCCGACGAACCCCUCUGAAUCAAUUCUUCUCGACCAAGAGCGUUCGUGAUCUCCAACCCAUCCUCGAAGAGCGGGUGGAUCGGCUCCUGGGUCGCCUGCGCGACGAAGGAAAGAAACGUUCGACGGAGCCGAUGAAUAUCAUGUAUCCGUUCUCUGCUUACACCAAUGACGUCAUCAACGAAUACGCAUUUGCGCGCAGCGACCAUCUCAGAGCCCGACUUUGGCGCUCACACCACGGACAGCCUGCUCCAAGGCACACAUAUGGGGGCCCCAUUAUCAAGCACAUGAACUGGGCCCUUACCCUCGUCAACGCCCUGCCGGAAUCAAUUUCCGGUCGCUGGGUACCUGGUUGGGACGGCUGGCUAAAGCUGAAAAACGAUGUACGCCACCAAAUUGACGACAUCAAGGCCACCAAGGGCACCAAGCACUGGGAGCUCGACGUUAGCCACCCGACCAUUUUCCACGAGCUGCUAUCUUCAGAUCUACUACCCGAUGUCGAAAAGGAGACGGCGCGGCUCGCCCAGGACGGCCAGAUCCUUGUCCAGGGCGGCACGCUGACCACCUCCUGGACGCUCUCCCUCGCCGUCUUCCACCUGUGCCACCGCCCUGAGACACUGACUCGGCUGCGCGACGAGCUCUUCGCGGCCAUACCGGACCGCAACGCCGAGGUGCCCCUGGCCCAGCUAGAGAGCCUACCGUACCUGCGCGCCGUCGUCAAGGAGGCGCUGCGGCACGGCGUCGGCACCAGCAGCCGGCUCUCGCGUAUCGCGCCCGACGAGUCCUUUGACGUGGCUGACCCCGCCACCGGGCACUCGCACCACAUCCCCGCCGGCACUGUCAUCAGCAUGAGCCCGUACCGCACCAUUAUGAACGACGUCAUCUUCCCGGACCCGCUCGGCUUCCACCCGGAGCGCUGGCUUGACGAGGACGCCCGCCUCGACGGUUACCUCAUCAUGUUUGGCGGCGGCACCCGCGUCUGCCUGGGCCAAGCCCUCGCCCAGGCCGAGCUGCAUCUCAUGCUCGCUAAGCUCUUUCGCCGCUGGGGCAGCGGAGGUGUCGUCGGCGGCGACCCGACGGGCGACCGCCGCGAAGGUGACAUUGGCAUGUUUCGCAUCUUUGAGACGACACCGCGAGACUGCCAGAUGGCGUCGGAUUAUUUUAUCCCUAUUCCUUACAAGGGAAGCAAGGGUCUGCGAUUUCUUCUGGAGGCAUGUUGA